AUUUACACUAUGAAUCCAUAUUCUGCAUCCGAUAGCCCUGCUGAAAACAUAUCUAGAGCUAUGGAGUAUGAGUUUUUAACCAUGACUGGAGAAUUCAAAGUUGGAUACUGUGGUUCGGAGAAAGGGAGAAGAAUAUUUAGUAUUCGCAGCAAUGUGCUGCGCGAAGUUACCAAGGAUCAAGUGAGAAGAAACAUAUAUAAAAUUGUGAAAACAUCACAGACAUUGCAUAAGUUUGGAAUUCAGAAGCAUAACACGGAAUUGAUAGUUGAAAUGCAUUGUAAUGAGAACACAACAACAACUAACAAUCAUACUUUCUUUUGGCCAAUGACUAAAGUAGGAACUACUGCGAAGAUUAUUUGCGGUGCAAAUGUAGCAACAAGGCUCUGUUCUUCCUCAACGGCGGUGCUUCUGGAAAUGCCAACAAGCCAAAAUAUGACAUCACCACAGUGUUCACCAUUUACUGGUAUCUGGGAAGAACCAGACAUAUCUCAAUGUUACAAUACAGAAUGGAUCACUCGACAACUAAAGGACAUUAAAUGCCAAGACAUUGAUAAACAAAAUAUCGACACUAUUGCGAAAGAGCUCUUAGGUGUUUCAGAGAAAUCCAUGUAUUUUAAAGAAGAAGAUAUUAAUUUGGUUAUAGCCGUUCAUGAGGAAAUGAUGCCAUUGAUAUCAAAUGUGACCACCAAUGUAACAGUGAAUGAUAUUCUUCUUAGUAUCAACAAUGUGAUAAACACACCAGAGGAAAUUUUGGUUGUGUCAGAACAAGCUAACAAAAGUGUGAACAGAAUGCUGAAUGUUAUAGGAACAAUUCCAGAAAAUGUUUUACUGAAAGAGCAACAACUCACAGUUUUAUAUGACAAUCUUGGCGUUGGUGUUGCCAAAGUGGAGAAGGUUUUCAAUGGUCUUUUCUAUGGAAUUUUAUAUGAAACCAAUGAAACUGAAGCAAAGAAUGUGGUAUAUAACUCAUCAUAUCCAGAUCUAGAAUUGGAAGAUAUAACUCUAAUGGAUUAUAUUUCAUUACCAAAGAAUAUUUUAAACCACCUACAAGCCGAAGAACGGUCAUCCGUUUCAAGGAUCUCAUUUUACUCCAUGCGCGAUGAUAAGCUGUAUACGGUAAUACAAAAAUCUAGGAACGAAAGAAUCUCAAAAAUUAACAGUCAUAUUAUUGCUUCAAAUAUCCCUAACAUCCAAAUAACCAAGCUUGAUGAACCAGUUACCAUUUCAUUCAAUUUAAUACAUGAGAAUGCCACCAACCCACAGUGUGUUUACUGGGAUGAAACCCCUGGGCAGGAUCCUCAUUGGUCAACAAAAGGCUGCAAUGCGUCCAAUUAUGUACCAGGAGAGAAAGUACUUUGUUUCUGCAACCAUCUUACAAGUUUUGCACUAUUAAUGGACGUCUACCAAAAUGAAAGAAAUAUAAAGAAUUCUCAACUCUUAUCUAUUAUAUCAAACACCGGCUGUGGAAUAUCAUUUGUCUUUCUCAUUCUUACAGUAAUAGUCCAUGUUUAUUUCAAGAAGCUGUGGAAAUUAACGACUUCAAAGAUUUUAGUAAACUUGUGCAUUUCUUUGGCUGUCACUAAUUUUAUCUUCCUUAUUGGAAUGCAAGUAUACAUCGCGAAAAUAACGGCUGUUUGUAAGACAGUGGCUGCUCUGUUACACUACUUCCUUUUGACAACUGUCAUAUGGAUGACUGUAGAAGCGGUCCAUGUUUAUCUGUCAGUGGUUGUUGUAUUCAGAACACGUCAGGAAUCUUUUUUGAUGUGGAGUUCGAUUUUGGCUUGGUGUCUUCCAGCAGUCAUUGUCAUAAUCACUCUGGCAAUCAACUACACAAACAAUUACAUAAGAAUUGCCCAAGUCUGUUGGUUGUCCAAGACAUCUUUCUACGCUGCUUUUCUGUCUCCUGUGGCAAUCGUCCUCACCGUCAACCUUACAGUGUUUUUUCUCGUUAUCUGGCGUCUUAUCUCAGUACAAAAUAAGAGGAAAUUUGAACACAAAGCAAGAAAAGUACGUGUUUUGGGCUUCGUUGGUCUCUUUUUCCUCCUUGGAAUAUGCCUGACUUUAGCAUUCUUCGCGUUUGGCGAAGCAGCCGAAGUGUUUAAGUUUCUUUUUGUCAUCUUCAAUACAUUUCAAGGGUCGUUUAUCUUCGUAUUCUACUGUGUAUACAAGAAAGAUACUAGAGAUGUAAUCAGAAAGGAUAUCUAUAAACGAAAGAGAAUGAAUCUGCGGAAUUAUACCACGAGCAGAGGUUCAAGCUCUACUAAUGAAGCAAAUAAAACAGCAAACACGAAGUUAUAAAUGAAAAUCCAAGAAAUGUUUUCAAGAACCGUCUAUGAAUAUAUUUUUCAUCUUCAACUAAAUUUUCUUAUAUUUUUAAAUAAAUUACGUUUGUACUUAUCAAUACAACAGCAUGCAGCCGGGAGACUAUAAUCCACAAUCUUAUUUAAACAAGUUUCACUGCCGGACUAUUGUUUGAAUAUUAUACUCUCGACCUACUUUUUAUGUUAUUUUGAAUUGAAAGUGUUGGAUUGACUUUU